AUCGCCGCCGACGCCAUUGGCGGUAUGGCAUAUCCCACCACAGUCAAGAGUCCCCAAAUUCGUCCUCUCAAAUUGGGAAGGGAUCAACUAAUAUUAUUCUUCAUCAUCGAUCUCUCUCGGAUAAUACCCAAGAUAAUAAUAGUCAAGCUACGGUAGCUACGGUAGCAAGCUAGCAGCAGUAUUAUCUAUAACAAGCCGCCACCAUUUCUCUCCGUGUGUUGAGUGCGCAGCAGCAAUCCGGGUUGUUAUUAUUGCACAUCAUGUCUGCAACGAUUCAGUUGUCGUUUCACGAUUACGAAGACCUUUCGAAGCGUCUGGUGUUGAUGCCUCGUGUAGAAAGUGAAGCAAAAGGCGCCGUGGUGGCGUCGUUUGACAACAACAAUAGUCGCGACGAACGAGACGAUCGACCGACAAGUCUGGUGGGAUGUGUCUUGAUGGGGAGUCUCAAGGAUGCCGAUUUUGCCACCAUUUUGUCAGCGAUGCGAGGGCAACCUGGGCCGAUUGUCCUCGAGUUGAUGGAACCCAGCGACAAUUUACGAUUGGACAAGUCUUCCUCCAAAUCUUCUUCCUCCUCCUCUGCAAACGACGACGAUGCCAGUAGUACCGCCAGUGACUCGGAAGAGUCGCAAGACGAAGACACACACAACAAAAGCAACAACAAAUCCAAUCCACUCGGACGAUGGUCUGCAUGGGGAUCACGAAUGCGAGUCGCCGCGGAAGCCGCAUCCACUGUGGCGGUCCAAUCGCUUCAUGCCGCUGCCGCGAGUCGAGCGGCCAAUAACAAGAACCUUACGACCACUAUACAAGAAGCACCUCCUUGUGGACUCUUUGUGCAGACCAGUUUGGGAGCCUUUUUACCGCUCCAUAACAACCACAACAACAGACCGUCUUCCGAGUUGACCGUCACCAUGUCGUCGGUAUUGUACAUUCGAAAAUCAGCAGUGGAAGCGUGUCCUCCAAGGGGUUAUGUAUAUCAAUGGUACAAGGGACUCAAGGACUGUGAUGACAACAAUUGGAUGGAACUGCCAGGAGCCACCAGUGCUGCCUUUCAACCAAGUACCACUGAAAUUGGUUAUCUACUCUUGUGCAUUGUCACGGUCGACACGUCCCAUCCGUCCUCGCUCAUGGACAGUGACAGCGAAUCGGACGACAGUAGUACUGAUGAUGAUGACAACAAUAAACAAUAUGUCGUGCGAUGCAUCACACCCCACGUGGUGGCGGCCGAUUUGUCGCUCUUUAAUGGAGCUCGACAAGCGUUGGUGCGGGGAGCACAGUUUGGUGGCAUGAUUGGUGAAGGGCGGGCGCACGGGCGGACUAUGCGAGUACAAGUCGAAAUGGGAUAUCACAAGAAAAACAAGGUCGCCAGCAGUGUCAAAAUGGAACAAGUGGCGGGAGAAACGGCAGAACCACUCCACGCGGAUCCACUCUAUCGCGUCAAGGCACAUUCGUCGCAUGUCAAUUCCAAGGCACUCCAACUGCAGUUCCGAUCGUGUGAUUUAGAUAAUGCCAGUUUGGUGUCGGCGCUCGUGUCGGAUGAGGGAAUCUUGGAACUGGUCGCUCCCAAUCGAUUCGCUAGAGAGUCGUUACUGCUGGCCAUUGGAAUUGCCAAUUUCAAGGGAAAACCAGCCGACUUGGAGGCGACGACCAUCUUGUAUCCUCCGGAUGAUGAGGAUGAUGAGUACAGUAGUGCCAGUAGCAGCAGCAGCAGCAGUGAUGAAGACUCGUCUGCCGGUGGGAGUCACGCCGAAACAACUGAAACAUCUUCCGUGGUGGUAGAACCUGGACCCAAAGAAGUCCAGCACUUGUCCCUCUCUCCUCCCAGUUCCACCAAAGAACAACGCUCUCGAAGUUGUAGUCUCUCCACGCACAGCUCUGAUGACGAUCUCAGCACUGUUUCCUCCGAGUCCAUUGCCGGCCCUCCAUCUUCCAGAACGCUAGCGUCAUCACAAACUCCAGCGGAAUCUUCCUCUUCCCAUCGAGAAACAGAGCUCGAACAAGAAAUCGCCUUUUUGAGAGCCAAAUUGGCCCGAAAGGACAAGGUCGUCUCGGAACUCCAGCGUCAAGUGACGCGUUCCGACGCUGCUCUGGAACAAUCCAAUCAACAAAAGUCACAAUGUGAACAAAAGGUCCUCACAUUGGAAUCGAGACUGCAAUCCAGCAAGAAAGCCCAAAAGAAGGCGGAACAGAUUGCCGACGAGCACCAAGCAUCCGUAAAGCGCAUCAAGGAGGAGAAUUCCAUGAGAAUGGCCAAUCUCAAGCAGCAAUUGGAAAGCCAUAGCAACACCAUUGCCGAACUGGAAAAGACGGCCAAGUCGCAUCAGAAUGAAAAGGCCGUGCUCGCGGCUGCGGUAGAAGCCCGAGAAAGCAAACUGGUCAAAAUGGCGGAACUCCAAGAGUCAUUUGUUUUACUCUCGUCCAAAGUAUCCGAACAAGAUCAGUGGCGAAAAGAGCUCGAUGAAACCAACGAACGCUACCAGGAGCUCAAGGUAGAUUUGCAGAAUACCACACAGAGAGAAAAGGAUUGCCGUCAAGAACUGGAAUCCACCAAAGACACUCUGGAGGAGGUUCAGAAAGAGAUGGAGAUGUGCCAAGAGAGUGCGUCGUCCAUCAAGUUGGAAUUGAAGGGAAUUCAGUCCAAGAACCAGAAACUCAAGUCAGAACGCAAUUCGUUCAAGCAAAAGGCAGACUCGCUGUCUCGAGAGAUUGCUCGCAUUUGCCGGAAUGGACGUUCUCUGGCGGAUGUGGAGCGCAUGUUGGCCGACGAUGAAGCUCGUCGAGAAGAAGUCAUGCUGCUCCGCAAACAGAAACGCAAAGCACUGGAAGAGUGUCACUCCUACCGCAAAUCCUACGAACAGUCACGUGCCGCACGAGAAAUCUUGAUGGCAACAUCUUCCACUUCUUCUAACAAAAACAAGAAACAUGACAUUAACCAAUCUGCGCUUUUGCUGGAGCGCAACCUCGAACUAGAGCGCGUGGUCACCGAGCUGACAGAGUAUGUGAACGCCAAGGAGAUGCAAUUGGAGACCAUGAAACAAGUCAAUGCUGCCCUUCAAGACGAGAUACACGGGCUGGCACAAUCCACAAUGCGAAGUAACGAUAUAUAGCUAGUAGUUGCAUAUGCUGCAUACCAAUUUGCAUAACGAUAUAUAAGUUGUUGUUGUAUAACAUGUAAUCACGAUAGAAAUUGGUG